GCCUGAGCGCUGACACAGGAGCAGGUUGCCCACCGCCCGCUCUCCUGCUGCUGGAUGUCUCACCGACCGACCCUCAAGUAAAACAUUUCGCUACCUAGAAAAUAAGGUUACUUUGUUAUAUUAUUAUUUUUUUUUUUUACCUCGGGAAGGAAGCUACCCGCUUCCCCUCACCAUGGCUUCCAACUUCAACGACAUAGUCAAACAGGGAUACGUGAGGAUACGGAGUAAGAAACUGGGGAUCUUCCGGAGGUGUUGGCUGGUGUUCAAGAAGGCCUCCAGUAAAGGACCCCGACGGUUAGAGAAGUACCCGGAUGAGAAGGCAGCCUACUUCAGGAGCUUCCACAAGAUCACUGAGCUCCAUAAUAUCAAGAACAUUACCCGGAUGCCACGGGAGACAAAAAAGCAUGCUGUGGCGAUCAUCUUCUGUGACGACACAUCCAAGACGUUUUCCUGUGAAUCAGAACUGGAUGCAGAGGAAUGGUGUAAGCUGCUGUGCGUAGAGUGCCUGGGCAGCCGUCUCAACGACAUCAGCCUGGGAGAGCCAGACCUGUUAGCAGCGGGGGUGCAGCGGGAGCAGAACGAACGUUUCAACGUGUACCUAAUGCCCACUCCGAACCUGGACAUCUACGGGGAGUGCACCAUGCAGAUUACUCAUGAAAACAUCUACCUGUGGGACAUUCACAACGCUCGCCUCAAACUUGUCAUGUGGCCUCUCAGCUCUCUGCGCAGAUACGGACGAGACUCCACUUGGUUUACUUUUGAGUCCGGAAGGAUGUGUGACACAGGAGAGGGUUUGUUCACGUUCCAGACGCGGGAGGGGGAGAUGAUCUACCAGCGGGUCCACUCAGCCACGCUGGCCAUUGCCCAGCAGCAUGAGAGGAUGAUGGAGGAGAUGGAGAAGAGCUCCCAGAUCCACCCCAGAGAGAUGCUAACCAAGUCCAUCUCCCUGCCACGCAGCGCCUACUGGCAGCACAUCACGCGUCAGAACAGCGUGGGAGAUCUCUACAGUUUCCAAGGAAGUGGGCUGACAAUGACUUUUAUCCCUCGAGCACAGACGUUCCCCAGCUUUCUGUCUGAUGAACAGGAGGAGAGCCAGCACCAGGAAGAGGCACCGUCGCCCUCUAGUGGCUGUGAAUCCAGUUGCAGCCUGAGACCCCUUCAAUGACAGAGAAUUGCUCCACCAAAACUGGACACUUUCCCCACCACUGUAGAGAGGAUGUAGAAAUAUGUAUAGUGACAUGUGUAAUAUAUCAUUUCCUGGUGAUACUUAAAACAAUAGUGUCAACUGUAGAGCGAGUGGUACAUGAAAGGGACCCUGAAAAAGGACCUUUUUUGUGUGUUGUGUAACAACAGCAGUAGCUUCAAAGAUUGCACCAAAAAGUAAGUGUUUUAAUAUGUUUUCUGUUGUCAUUAUGCUGUUGAAGCCAGCAGGACCACCUUUUUAAAUCACUGCAUAACACCUUACAUGAAGUAAGAGGUACAAACACACUAAGGCCCGCUGUAAAACAAUGUGUAAAAAGGCUUUUGUUCUGAAAUUGAUGAAAUCACACAAGACUCAUUCCAACAAUGUGCAGCCUUAGCAACCAUUUAAGGGAAACGCCACCAUUUUUGACACAUAUUCCUCCCAAUCCUACUGUACUUCUCUCCCUCUCUAGAAUGUGAAAUUGAUCAAUGCCUUACACAGAAACAGCUUGUCUUUGAUUUAGUGAUGAAUCAGCUAAAGCCCUUAAUCGGUUACAACCAGCAAAGGGAAAAAGUCAUUCAGAAAUGUAAUUCAAUGAUAUAGGAGGGGACUGUCAUGUCCCAAAUAGUAGAAUGCAACCUUCUCACAGCCUCUACCCUAAACUGCCAUUUCUACAUUACACUAGCAGAGCAAUUUGAUUUCAGUAGCUUCCUAGCUCCUAUCCAGCCUCAUAUACAGUAUCUGAUAACUGGUACAGUAUUGCAUUAUGAUGUAAAAAAAAAUUGCCCUGCUUGUAUGUUAUGUUCAGAUUUAAAAAUAAAUAAAUAUUAGACUCAAUAUUUCACUGAGGAAAUCUCUGCCGAGUAAAAUACAUAAAAACAGGCAAAAGUCGUUGAAGGAAUAGUUUGACAUUUUGGGAAAUUGGCAGCUAGUUAGCUUAGCUUAGCAUGAAAAGUGAAAACAGGGGAAACAGCUACCCUGGCUCCGUCCAAAGCUAACUAAAUAUGUGUACCUACACUUGUUGUUUUUACACUUGGGUUUUUGUCAGAAUAAACAAAUGAGGUAAAACAAGUGAAUGAGUGUGAUUUAGAGGUCCUGGUAGGCAGGUUUUGGGACUAGCUGUUUCAGUCUUUGUGCUAAGAUAACUAAGCCAACCAGCUGAUGGUGGUAUUUAGCAUUAGAGGAAACAAAAUAGUGUAUUUUCCAGUUAAAAAAUAUAUAAUUUGGUUUUCCAUCCAGCAACAGUAUAGAAACUAAAAAAUAAAUAUUACUGGUCUAUAUUAAUGGCCGUAAAACGUAUCAAAUAUUUUCAAUAGUAGCAUGUGAGUGACAUGUCACUAAGUAUGUGACCGCUGUGACGAUAAGACUGCACAUGCACAAGGAAUAAACUCAAUAGCAACAGCUCUAAAGGGUGAAGCCUAAAUAUAGUGUGGAGUUACAAUACGUAACUAUCGUUCUCUGCAUUGUCCUCAGUAAGAAGUGCCUUCCGACACAGACCGCAGAGUGUGAGACAUAACCAAGGCAUUGUCUUUGGGCUUUGAGUUUACUAUUUUGGUGACAGAGUUAAGCUCUGUACCUUCCAAACGUUUUAAAAAGUCUUAGGUUCCUCUUAAAUACUGUCAACCCAGCUGUGAAAUGCCAUGUUACACCUGAAACACUUAAUGUUAUCUAUCGAGAGCGUUGGUGGCUGUCAGCGCUGCAGACAAUUAUUCAUCUCGUUAAAUAUUUCUGGUAAAAAAUGAUUGUGCUUUUUGUUAAAUGUUAUGUUAAAGCAAAGCACGAAUCCAGAAACUCUAGCAACUAUGAAAUGAAAAACAAUUCCAAUGACAAUCAGUUUGAGGCAGCAAAACAGUCCUUUAAUGUCAAACUUAAUCACUUAUUUUAAUGUGUUUUGUUGUUGUUAUAAUAUUCCUGUAGAACUGGAGAUACAAGUACAAGCAUUUAUUUUGUGUUGAUUUUUGCAGUCAGUCACUUUAUUUUGUAUAUUUGUAAUUUAAAGAACUUCAUAUUAAUUUGAGCCUCAAACAAAGUGCCCAUCUAAAAAUGUGUCUGCUUUACAGAGCCCAUAGUAACAGUAUGUAGACGGACAGUUAACAUCUGGCCACAUUUCUGCCCUAGUUGUCCUGAGUCUUAGUUCAAGUGUGGUUAAUAAAUGUAUGUAUAAUAGUUCCACUACAUCUGGAGCAUUAGAGCAGUACUAACUGAUAACACUGGAGAAAGUUCUAGUUGACUGUGUUUAUCAUUUGCAAAUUUUGUUGUUUUUUAUUGUAGCAAUUCACUUGCUUGUAGGUAUGACGUGUCAUCAUGAUUUAUGUUAUUGUCACUACAGUAUAUGACUGUUUAUGUUCAUCAAGUUUUGUGUUCUGUUACUGUCAGAAUAUAUGUUGAUAGCACUUUGAAUACUUAGUGUAGCACUACAGUUUUCACUAAAUGUACAUAUGUAAUGUUUUUGAUGAUAAAAAGGUAAUAAAUUGAAUGUUCUAUCAUGUA